CGAGUUGGGAAAUACAAUAGUUGGACAGUCCACUAUUGAAGUACGUGAGCUGAUCGAUUCACAAGGGAGAGUUUUUAUAACCUUAAGAACAAAUAAUACACUUUUAAACAAACAAACAAAUGGAAAACAACGAAACAGACGGAAAGGGUGUUAAAUAUUAUCGACUGUCAGAGGUGGAGGAACGGAACUCUUUUAAAAGCACAUGGAUUAUCAUUAAUAAUAAAGUGUACGACGUCACAAAGUUUCUCGAGGAGCACCCGGGUGGAGAGGAGGUGCUGCGAGAGCAGGCGGGUGGAGAUGCCACCGAGAGUUUUGAAGAUGUGGGUCACUCCACAGAUGCACGAGAGAUGGCCAGCUCUUUUCUCAUAGGAGAGCUGCAUCCAGAUGACAGGGACAAGUUUGUCAAACCACCAGUAUCAACGAGCGCACAAGAAAGCACAAGGUAAGUUCAAAAGAACGACCGAAUGCUGUGCCUACGAAUAAAGCUGGUGGUCAAACUGGUUGAUUCCUGCCCUCGCCGCGCUGAUCGUCACCAUGAUGUACCGUAUCUACACGGCUGAGGAGGCAUGAUGGGAUGCUUCUCUCUCUUAACCCUUUUCAGGUUUUCCUAUUACUAUAAAGAGUCUCCUAAUGAAGGCAACGUUUGUGUUCGUUUCUAUGUUUGUUGUCACAAACCCAUUGAGAUUUAAAUACUGAUCUAUAUAUACAGAUGUUUUUAUGAUACAUGAAAGGAUAUCUUAGACAUAGCAUUAUAAAUACACAUACUAAAGAUGAAGUUUUGACUGUCUUAAUUGUUUUCUGUCAUGUAGUACUGUGCGUGUACCAUUUAAAUGUCUAUGCUGAAGUGGGGGAUAUCCUGAAUAUUACACACACGCAUAAAAACAGCAUUUUGUUCCUCAAAGAAAUAAUUUAGUUUCACUUCAGAUGCUGUUAAUCUUCAUUAAGUUGAUUGUACUUGGACCAGAGGGAAAUUAUACAAAUGAACAAAUUCUUAACAGGAGAAUAAAUAAAAUGCCAGAUGUUACGGUUUAUA